AGAUAAUUUUGCUGAAGACAAUGUCUGGGCGGAGGAUUUUUUUGCUGAAGAUAUCCGUGAAGAUGUCUUUGCUGAAGAUGUCUUUAGUGAGGACAUAUUUGCUGAAAGUAAUAAAUUUGAUGAAGAAA